UGUGCUAUUUAACGUGAUAAACUAUUCGCCACCCAGUAUACUAAAUAUUAUCUACAGGUAAUAUUACGCAAUAAAAAAAAAAGAUAAAUCUUUGUCAAUUUAUGGCAUUUGUGAAUCUGAUUUGAAAAAAUAUUAAGUCGGAUGAACUAUCUACAUUCUUAUUUAAGUUUAUUUGGAACUUACACUUGUUCGGUUUUUAUUAUUAUUUGGAGUUGUUGUCAGUAAGAUGCUGCUGCCCAACUGCCCAACUGCGAGAACGGAUGUGUUGCGUCAAGCUAUGGAGUACUUUAUCUCCUUCUCUGACGCUCCCACCGGUAGCAAAGCUCGCCCAUGGAUUAACUCUGAAUGCGCCCAAGCUGAAAAGCGCAAGCAUAUAGCUUACCUAUCCUGGGUUGACGCUCGAAACCGCAAAACUCUGGAUAUUAGCUCCAAGAAGAGAACUUUCGACCAGACCGCCAAGUCCUACAAAAAAGCAUUACGAAAAGCUAGUCUCAAUCGCAUUAAACAUAUUGGCGCAAAACUCUCUGCUAGACCAUCCGGCACGCGCGGCACGCGCGAUGAGUAGCGUGCUGUUAGAUAAAAUUUGUAUAACACGUCCGCCCACAACAGCGUGCACGGGAGACCCCCCCUAUAUAUAAUGUACUCUGUGCGCGCGGCUAACAGGCAGCCGGGUGCUAGCGCCACUGCUAGAAAUAGUUUCCGCGCUGGCCGACGCCGAGCGCUAUCGCGCGAUAUUUAUAUUUCAUAGCGCCACAGCGCCUACUUGUAUAGCACGCGUUGUGCGCUAUGGAAAGAUAGCGCGCUAUAAUAUGACGCUAUGUGCUAUAUUAAUUUACUAGUAGAUUCUACCGAAGUACCGAAUAGUGAUGGGCAAGUGAAACAAAUAUAUCGAUAUAUAUCGAAUCGAUGUGUUUAAAAAGUAUCGAUAUAUAUCGCGUGAUAAAUAUCGAUGUAUCGUCAUAAUUUGCAUGAUGUAAACAAAAGGUACAAAAUUUUAUAUUACUGCUGGUUGGACGACGAAAAAAAGAACGAACCACAAAUUAAUACUUUUAUACUUCCUUUUGUUUUUUUAUAGGAGAGGGGGCAAACGAGCAUGCGGCUCACCUGAUGGUAAGUGACUACCGCCGCCCACGAACAGCUGCAACAACAGGGAGGGAAACGCAGGUGCGUAGCCGGCCUGUUGUUACAUGUUUUGUCAUUAAUACAAUAUUUUAAAAAUUUGUACGAAAUUGAUACGAAUUCUUAAUUCUAAAAUAAAUAUCGAAAUAUCGCGAUUCAAAAUAUCGACGAUAUAUAUAUAUUUUGCCCAAGCCUAGUACCGAAUGUCAAUCCCUGGUCUAGAAUCUACUAGUUAGUCUGUGGCCUUAUGGCCUGGUCUACCCAUGAAGUUAUAGAUAAAGAUGGAGGCCACACUUGGAACAACAGCUUGAGUCAAAUACCUACGUAUCUUUAUCUCACUCUCUGUGGUCUGACUUCUCUUUUUAGUGUGGAACACAAUAUUGCUAUGUUUUUAUUUGUAUCUCCCGGUAAAUUCUUAGAAAUAAUUUCCACACUAACUAAAUCAGAAGUUAAGCUUUGUAAAAUAAUGUACCAAUUAAUAAAUAGUUGAUCUACGAUUAGUUACAUUAAAAAUUCCAAAAUUGAAGGUCCCCUAUGCAUUAUUGGGUUCACGAAUCAGUGAAUUACAAUCCCAUUUCCUAAAGGUUUGGUAAUGUGGCAACAUUUGCCCUAUAUGUCAACAUAAAUUAGACAAAUAUGGCGGUUGUUUACUUAGCAGUUAACAGCGUCGUUUGAGAUAUUGUUAUAAUUCAAGAAACGGUGCAAACUUGUGUAGUACGUGGUUGCGGCAGUAGUUGGUGUCCAGGAGGUGAUAUAAGAUUUCACACGUAAGUGUUUAAAUAGUGACUUCUGACAUUGAAUACUUGUAAACAUACUUUUUGUAUUUUCACUUAAUUUUUUGCUGAAACGUUUUAUCAGUGUUUUAAACAUAUUAGUAAAUAAUUUUGUCAAAAUCAAAUAGUUUUACAUUGAAUUUAAUUAAGUUUGAACAAUUUUAUUGUUUUUGUUUAAAAGAAAUCGCAUUGAAGUAGUGUGACCAUAUUGACGAUGUAUCUGAGACUUUCCGUGUGAACUUAACUAAUUAUAUGUACAUGUUUCUUAUUAUGUUACCGGAAAUGCAUGAAAUUUAGGAAUUAUGUACACUUCCUAUAUAUUCUAUAUAAUGACGGAUUUCGUAGAUUUCAUAAUAUUAAAUUAAAAAUUAGAAACAUAAUAUAUUCUUUUGGUAGACAAUUUAUUUUUAUUUAGUUUUUGUUUCUCAUUAUUCUGAUACUUUAAUAACGUUUAUAAUAAUUAUGUACUUAGAAAUGUAGUAGUUUAUAUGUAUGAUAUAAAGCAACAUUUUGUAAAAUAUGUUAUUAUUUGCAGACAACAAGUGCAUUACAUGAAGAGUCUAUUGUGCAAAUAGCUGCUCUGGCUGUACCAAGUACUAGUUCUGGCAUUUAUGAAAGUAGUUCUGCACUUAAGGAAACAGAAGUGAAAUGUACUGGCUGUAAUAUUGAAGACCAAACUAGUAAAAAACAAUGUCGAAUAAUUCUUGAAAAUUUAUGCAAUCUUAACAAAUUACCUGUCAGCAGUGAAUACGACGAUCCCGCGAAGAUUGAUAGGGGCGUGCAAGUGAAAAUAAAGUGUACUAAAGAAGAAAUACUUGAGACGAAAACUAAGAUUCUUAAGUAAAAAGUAGCGCGCCAUGCUAAAAACUUCAGGAUAGGUCUUUAAUGGACACUAUUAAAAAGUAUAUGGGUCAGUCAGAAAUUGAAAAUAUUAUUCAAGGGCGCUUUGUCAUAUCUGUAAGGACUUAAAAAGCCACAGAGUAAUCCACAUGGUGUGAAAAAUUUCAAUAAAUAAUUUUAAUGUGG